UCAUCUGUCAAACAAUUCGAAAACGAAACUAGAUUCUUAAACCUCUCUCCAAUGAUCCAACGAAAUUUAAAUUCUUAAAUUAAACUACAAUGUUUCAAGACAAUCUACGAGACUAUCAGAACUUGGAAAAAACCGCCUACAUAAUACUCGCGUGGCCAUGAUAUAUUUGAACCAAGGAUCAUAUCUGGUUGUCCUUAGUUGCCAUAUAUAUCCUAUGUAUUUGGAGGGAAAAUCCUUUACUUGCCCUUUUAUUUUCAUUUUUCAAUGUCUUUUGUAAUGGAAGGGUGAAUUUUAGAAUUCCUAUCUUGAUAUCAAUCCCUAUUUUUUCUUUAGAAAGAAAAUGUGGGGUGCAACAGAUAUGACUAAUAAAGGAGGAAGUUUUGGAAGAGGCUGUGGCGUUGGAAGAGGAAGAGGUUUCAGCAACCAAUUUACUACAGGGACAAAUAUUCCAUUUGAAAGAGAAGCUGAAGCCAAACCUCAGUUUACAAAUUACACAACUACUAGUUCUUCAGAUAUGUGGGAUGAUGAUGCUGACAAUUUUAUUGAUACAAAGCAAAAACCACAAGUGGCAGAUGGUUGGGAUUCUGAACCAAAUAAUCAGUAUGAUUCAUAUAAACAGAACGUAGGAAAUUCCAAUGAAUGGGAUGAAUCACCCGCAUUUUUAAAUGGUAAUAAUGAAGAUUAUGAUCAAAUACGAGGUGGUGGUGUAGGAAAAUCGAAUAAAGGUUGUUUUAAAUGUGGAGAAGAUGGUCAUAUUAGUAGAGAUUGCUCUAAAAAUUCUUUUCAGUCUGGUGGGAAAAAAGCACAAUCAAAAAGGGGGAAAUUUUCAAAAGAUUGUUAUAAAUGUGGAGGAAGUGGUCAUAUAUCUAAAGACUGCACCAGUUCCAAUAAUAGAAAGAGUUCAGCUUGUUUUAAAUGUGGUGAAGAAGGCCACAUGUCUAGAGAUUGCACUAAUUCUGAUAGUAGAAAAGGAUCUGCUUGCUACAAAUGUGGUGAAGAAGGCCACAUGUCUAGAGAUUGCACUAAUUCUGAUAGUAGAAAAGGAUCUGCUUGCUACAAAUGUGGUGAAGAAGGUCACAUAUCUAGAGAUUGCACUAAUUCUGAUAAUAAAAAAGGAUCUGGUUGCUUUAAAUGUGGGAAAGAUGGGCACAUGGCAAAAGAUUGUACAGAAUCAAAACCAGGUACAACACAAAGAGAAGCUCCUUACAUUCCACCUGACCCUAUAGAAGAUGAAUCAAAGUUAUUUGAUAGUGUACCUACAGGGAUUAAUUUCUCCAAGUAUGAUAAAAUUCCAGUUGAAGUUACUGGACAGGGUGCUCCUCCACCUUUAACUCAUUUUGAAGAUGCAAACUUUCUACCUACACUGUCUAAAAACAUUCAAAAAUUAAAUUACACCAAACCAACUCCUGUACAGAAAUAUGCAAUCCCUAUAAUUCUUGCUAAACGUGACUUGAUGGCUUGUGCACAAACUGGAUCUGGAAAAACAGCUGCAUUUCUUUUACCUAUCAUCCAAACUAUGUUUGAAUCUAAUGACCUUCCAAAUCCUAAUAAUUUAACAACACAAGAACCUUGGGCUGUUAUUAUAUCUCCUACCCGAGAAUUAGCAAUUCAAAUUUAUAAUGAAGCAAGAAAAUUUUCAUUUGGAAGCAUUCUGAAGGUAGAACUUAUCUACGGAGGAACAUCUGUUGGACAUCAGUCAUCUAGACUAAGACGAGGUUGUCAUAUUUUAGUAGCAACACCUGGACGCCUUUUAGAUUUUAUAGACAAAGAUAAGGUGUCAUUCUCACAGUUACGAUAUCUGAUAUUAGAUGAAGCAGAUAGAAUGUUGGAUUUAGGAUUUAUCCCCGAAAUAAGAAGAAUGGUACAAAAUCCUUCCAUGCCGCCAAAAGGCCAACGUCAGACUUUGAUGUUUAGUGCUACAUUUCCACCACCCAUACAGAGAUUAGCUUCAGAAUUUCUUGACAAUUAUUUGUUUUUAACUGUUGGAAUUGUUGGAAGUGCGAAUAGUGAUGUGGAACAAACAUUUUACCAAGUUUCACAGUAUGAUAAAAGACAAAAGUUAACUGAAAUUUUAAGUACAACAGGUACUGAUAGAACAUUAGUUUUUGUGGAACAAAAAAGAACAGCAGAUUUUAUAGCCUCUUUUAUGUCUCAGAAUAAUUAUCCUACAACAAGUAUACAUGGAGAUCGUUUACAACGUGAACGAGAGGAAGCCCUGAUGGAUUUCCGAACAGGAAGAAUGCCAAUCUUAGUAGCCACGGCUGUCGCAGCUAGAGGUUUAGAUAUCAAAGACGUCCGCCACGUAAUAAAUUAUGAUCUUCCCAAAACAAUCCAAGAAUAUGUUCACCGAAUUGGUAGAACAGGGAGAGUUGGAAAUUUAGGAAAAGCUACUAGUUUUUUUGAUCCAGAUGUAGAUAGUCCUUUAGCUGCAGAUCUUGUAAAAAUACUACAAGAUUCUAUGCAAAUAGUGCCAGAUUGGUUAGAAGCAGCCGGUGGUCAUACAGGGAUGUUGCAACAACAAUCGUUUGCAAAAGGAAGCCGUUACGGUGCUAAAGAUGUCAGGAAUUCUAUUAAAGAUUCCUGGGAAGACAGUUAUUCAUCACCAAAGACUGAGGUCUUCAGUGUGAAUACAGCAGAGGACGAAUCUUGGGAUUAAAAUGCUGACAUUAGUUUUUGAUGUUACUGUUUAUUAUAUUAAAAUAAGUUU